AUUCGCUCCGUUUCUCUUUUGUUUUUUCUUUUUCUCUCUCUCUCAAACAAAACAACACACACGACACACCCCUCCUCCAGGUUUCCUCUCAGAGAUCCCUCAAACCAAAGGAAAUAGAAAAUGGCAGAUGGUGAAGACAUUCAGCCUCUUGUCUGUGACAAUGGAACCGGAAUGGUUAAGGCUGGAUUUGCUGGAGAUGAUGCACCAAGAGCUGUAUUCCCCAGUAUUGUUGGUCGUCCUCGCCACACUGGUGUGAUGGUUGGUAUGGGACAAAAAGAUGCUUACGUUGGUGACGAGGCUCAGUCAAAGAGAGGUAUUUUGACGUUGAAAUAUCCUAUUGAGCAUGGUAUUGUUAGCAACUGGGAUGACAUGGAGAAGAUUUGGCAUCACACUUUCUACAAUGAGCUUCGUGUUGCACCAGAAGAGCACCCUGUUCUUCUUACAGAGGCUCCUCUCAACCCCAAGGCUAAUCGUGAGAAAAUGACUCAGAUUAUGUUUGAAACCUUCAACACACCCGCUAUGUAUGUCGCUAUCCAAGCUGUUCUCUCCCUUUACGCUAGUGGUCGUACUACUGGUAUUGUGUUGGACUCUGGAGAUGGUGUGAGUCACACUGUUCCAAUUUAUGAAGGAUAUGCUCUUCCACACGCCAUUCUGCGUCUGGACCUUGCAGGCCGUGACCUCACUGAUUACCUCAUGAAGAUCUUAACCGAGCGUGGUUACUCAUUCACUACCUCAGCAGAGCGUGAAAUUGUAAGGGACGUGAAAGAGAAACUCGCUUACAUAGCUCUUGACUACGAGCAAGAGAUGGAGACGGCAAACACAAGCUCAUCCGUUGAGAAGAGUUAUGAGUUGCCUGAUGGACAGGUGAUCACAAUCGGAGGAGAGAGAUUCCGUUGCCCUGAGGUUCUGUUCCAACCAUCUUUGGUGGGAAUGGAAGCUGCUGGUAUUCACGAGACCACUUACAAUUCCAUCAUGAAGUGUGAUGUUGAUAUCAGGAAGGAUCUGUAUGGAAACAUUGUGCUCAGUGGUGGAACCACCAUGUUCCCUGGAAUUGCUGAUAGAAUGAGCAAAGAGAUCACUGCUUUGGCUCCAAGCAGCAUGAAGAUUAAGGUGGUUGCACCACCUGAGAGGAAGUACAGUGUCUGGAUUGGAGGCUCCAUUUUAGCUUCCCUCAGUACCUUCCAACAGAUGUGGAUAUCAAAGGGUGAGUAUGAUGAGUCAGGGCCAUCCAUAGUCCACAGGAAAUGCUUCUAAGUUUAUGCUCAAAUCGAAGGGAUGAAAGAUUGUUUCCGUAUUGGUAAAGCCUUUUGUUCAUCGAUCGACUUGGUUACAGAACAUUCUUUUGUUUUCUAUGUUUCUUCACCUCAUUUCUUUCUUGUUGUCCUUCUCUUUUGGUGAUUCUGUAAUGGAAAAAAUUAUUUUUUAUUUAUUUCUCUUUCUUUUACUCUUAAUGUUCCCUCUCAAAGAUGAAACCAGAGGUAAUGGAUUUGGCGUGCUAUAUAAUUUUAAUUAAAGGGGUUUCAUA